GGAGAGCCUCCCUGGGAGGGGAGGUGGCAAAACCUGUUUGAAGAUGAGUUCAUUUCCCUCUCUACCUCCUCCUUCAGAGGCCAUACAAGCAGUCACUGAGACAGCAGCACAACAGAGGAGAGGUAUUAGGGGAUGGGGGAACUUCCCACACACAUCCUACAUGUUUAGAGAACAGAGAAACUUGUGAAGAUGGGAACUUUACAGGAAUCAAAGAAUCUUGGUGGUUCUAGAGAGAAUGUGGAAGCAGCAGAGCCAGGACCCUCACUGAGAUUUAGGGAUGUGGAAUUGAAGGAAGAGUGGCAGGAUGAAGAGUUCCCCCGACUGCUCCCUGAGGAGUCCAAUUCCUCUGAAGAUCCAGAGGACCUUAGAGAAGGUACCCAGAUGGGUCCCUUAGGCACUUUAGCACUAUGUGGCAAGCGUCACAUGCGGAAGCGUCUUUCAGCCCCAGAGCUUCAGCUGAGUUUGGGGGAGGACAAAGGUGACAAAGAAGCCUCUCCUGCCCACUCCACGCCUUCUUCCCCAAAUGGUAGCUCUGACAUAGAGGUGGAUGGUUUGGAGACACCCUCAGACUCAGAACAGCUGGACAGUGGCCAUGAAUUUGAAUGGGAAGAUGAUCUUCCCCAAAGAGAUGGCCUAGGGGCAAGUGAAGCAGCUGAAAGACUGGGCCAGGGUUGUGUGUGGGAUGUGGCUGGGGAGAAUGGUCACCGCUGGAAAGUGUUCCGAAUGGGGCAUCGGGAGCUUCGAGUGGAUAUGACGGUCAUUGAACCCUAUAAAAAGGUCCUGUCUCAUGGAGGUUACCAUGGUGAUGGCCUCAAUGCUGUUAUCCUUUUUGCUUCCUGCUACCUACCCAGAAGCAACGUCCCUGACUACAGUUAUAUCAUGGAGCACUUAUUUAGAUACAUGGUGGGGACUCUAGAACUACUUGUAGCUGAGAAUUACCUGCUUGUCCACCUGAGUGGAGGAACAAACCGGGCCCAGGUACCCCCUCUGAGUUGGAUCCGACAAUGUUACCGUACCCUGGACCGUCGUCUCCGAAAAAACCUUCGUGCCCUGGUAGUUGUACAUGCCACAUGGUAUGUGAAGGCAUUUCUGGUGAUGCUGCGGCCUUUUAUCAGUUCCAAGUUUAGCAGAAAGGUCCGUUUUCUGGACAGUCUAGAGGAGCUAGCCCAACUCGUCUCCUUGGAACACAUCCAUAUCCCGGAUGCUGUCAGACAGCUGGACAAAGAUCUGCAUGGCUCUGGAGGGACCUAACACGGAUGGCGAAGGGCCCUGGAAUCAAGGAAAGAUGCCGGACCUCCAGAGUUUGGGCACUCUGUGUGUGUGUCUCUGUCACUCUCCCUUAACCCACUGGCACUGACCCUUUCCAGGGGUUGCUUUCCGGCUGAUCAAAGUGUUAUCCCAUUCUAGUCAUAGUCUCACCUAGCCAAGUUCUGGGAUCCUGGGAAGCCUAAAUUCCAAAGAGCUCGCCGCCCGCCACUCGCCUCUUUCCAUGGAAGCCCAAGGCUGCGCUCCAAGAGCAGGUUUGGACUUCAGUGCCCGGAGACUGCGGAUUAGGCUCUGACACCUGCCCUUCUGUCCGGUCUCGCACCCGUACCUGCGUGUCUCUUUUCUUCCUCUUCAACAGAUUCAGAUAUUCAAUUGCAGUUUAAUAAAUCCAGUUACGAGA